AUGCCGAAAGGGAUUCAGAAGCGAGUAGCUGUUGAAGGAAAAGAGACGCUCACUAGGAAUCGAUACAGUGUUAGAGGCAAUCCCGUCCAACAUAUAGCGUUCAUAAAGGUACACAAAGCAGCAAGCACUACCAUGGAAAAUAUAUUCCUACGGUAUGGAUAUGAACAUGACCUUGUGUUUGCUCUCCCAAGAAAAAAGGAUCGAGGUGGAAUAAAAUUUUUGACAAAACAAAAUAUCCUUCCGAUACCAAAAAACAAACACAUUGACAUUUUCUGUACACAUGUAAGAUAUGUAAAGGAAGAUUUUCACGAUAUGCUUCCAGGUGAUGCCGUGUAUAUUGGGAUCGUUAGAGAACCAUUCAGCCAGUUUGAAUCAAGUAUACGUUUUUUACGUCAAAAGGUUGUGGUAGAUAUACCAGUGAAAAACCCUGUCUGGGAGUAUUUAGCACACAAUGAAAAAUAUAUGAAACAUGGUGGAGACCGUAUUCCAACUACCUAUAACUUUAUGUCGUAUGAUUUUGGUUUUCCAAUCGAAUUAUUCUGGAAGACAGAUUUCAAUGCCAUGCAGGAUUAUUUACUUAAACUUAAUGAGGAAUUCGACAUUGUACUUAUAAUGGAGCAUCUAGAUGAAUCCAUUGUGUUAAUGAGACGACUUUUAAACUGGGAUCUCAGGUUCGUGCUUUAUGGGAAACUGAAUGCGAAGAAAAGUUUAGAUUCACGAUUGAAGUUUGGACCCAAUGAAGAAAAACUAUAUCAGAAUUGGGCCAAACUGGAUUAUGCUCUUUAUUACUUUUUCCUUCAGAAACACAAAGAACGUAUACAAAACCAGCCCCCAGAUUUCUUUGAGGAGUUAGCCUAUUUCAGAGAAACCAGAAUGAAGUAUGAUCACUUCUGUUCGGGGUUACUUGCUGGUAAUAUUAGUAAGUCUCAGCUUUCGUUUGAAGGAAGUGCUUGGAAUAAACCGUUUAUCAUCUCAAAAGAAAAUUGUGAAAAAUUGUAUAUACACGACGUUACGUUUAUAAAUAUACUAAAGAGAAGGCAUUUGCAGUCAUGA